CAGACACGAAAAGAAUACGCGCUUCCGUCCCACUUCCGAUUGAGAAGCGCAUGCUGAGCGCAAUGGCAGGCCAAUCGCGAUCGGAGAUCAUCAAGCGAAAUCCAAUCGGGAACGGCCUUGACGGCUUUCAAGCUUCAUACAGAUCGGUCUGUAGUAGCAAGAGCAUUCGGUACGCGUCAGACACGCUUGAUCAGCUGGACGACGAAGGUCUGGCCAGCUGUCUCCGUUGUGUAUCCUCCUCUAAGUGUCACGCAGAACCUUGCUGCCGCCCGUCUGCUGCCUGCGAGGGCUCGCCGUGGCACCCUUCGGAGCGACCUUCUGCGACUCGAGCUCUCCCUAGAGUAUGACGUCUUGCUACGCUGCAACUAACUAGAAUGCUACGAAAACUCGACAGGGCAUUGAUAACAGAUACAAUCCCCAAUAGAACUGAACUGAUUGAUUCGUCGUGGCUGAGUUUGGAGGUACCUAGCGAAUCGACCAUCCUCUUACUUCUUGGCAUGCUGGAUGUAAU